AUGUGGUGGGACCACACUCAAGAAAACGGCCAGGAGAAUCAGAGCCACUCCACCACUGCCUGGGGCCCCAUGAGAGUGGCCAACAAUGUCACUGAGUUUAUAUUCCUGGGACUUUCCCAAGAUUUUGGAAUGCAAUUGAUGUUCUUUGCCUUAUUUCUCCUCUUCUACAUCGUGAUCAUGGUGGGAAAUUUCCUCAUUUUGCUUAUGGUUUUUUCUGACCCCCGACUACACACACCCAUGUAUUUCUUCCUCAGUAACCUGUCUUUUGUGGACAUUGCCUAUUCCUCAGCCACAGCACCCAAGAUGAUUGCAGACUUUGUUUCUGAGAAAAAGACUAUUUCCUACUGGGGCUGCAUAACUCAGAUGUUUACCUUCCACUUUUUUGGUUGUGCUGAAAUUUUUAUUUUGACUGUCAUGGCUUUUGAUCGUUAUGCUGCUAUCUGCCAACCCCUCCGUUAUACCGCCAUCAUGAGUGCUAAUGCUUGUACUGUGCUGGCAUCACUGUCCUGGUUGGGGGCCCUGGGUCAUUCCUUUGUUCAGACCCUCCUGACCUUCCAGCUGCCCUUCUGUAAUGCUCAGAUUAUAGACCAUUACUUUUGUGAUGUCCACCCAGUCCUAAAACUUGCCUGUGCUGAUACAACCCUGGUAAACAUGUUGGUAGUUGCCAAUAGUGGUCUCAUCUCCCUGGGGUGUUUCCUUAUUCUUUUGGCCUCCUACACAGUCAUUCUGUUUAGUCUUCGAAAACAGUCUGCAGAGAGCCGACGCAAGGCUCUCUCUACCUGUGGAUCUCAUCUGAUUGUAGUAACUUUCUUCUUUGUUCCAUGUAUCUUUAUUUAUCUCCGCACAUCCACUACUUUCCCUUUGGAUAAAGCUGUGUCUGUGUUCUAUACCACCAUCACCCCAAUGCUGAACCCCCUCAUCUAUACGCUGAGGAAUAAGGAUGUAAAGAAUGCCAUGAGGCGUCUGUGGAAUAGCAAGAUCUCGUUGGAGGAAAAGCAGAAAGAAUAGUUUGUCAGAAUUGUAAAAUCAGAGACUUAGUUGAUACUUCAAUGACCCCUAAUUUAUUAACAAUGAAAAAAAAAUACUUCCGAAAAUGCAGCUUUUAUAUUUUGUCUAGCAGAAAAUAAUUUGAGACUAUUUCAGACAGUCUAAACUUAAACCUUUCAGUGCUUGGUAAGAUUUAUCCUCUCUUCUAGAGUGAAAGGGUUAACACUCAAUAUCUCACUUAACCCGUUAGAUUCCUUCUGCUCACAUGAAAUGCUCUUAAGCUACAAUUCAGUAAUUUAGAAUGACGUUAUAAGAGAAAGAUAUCCCGGAUCAUAUCUUCUCACGAGAUCAUGUCUCUUCAAAACAGAAGUCUAAUUUACUGGAAGCUGAACUCUUGUUCCCUCCUUCUUUUCUUCCUUUCCUAGUCUUUUCCAAUAAAUAUUGUACUCUAGGAAAGGAAACAGAUUUGCAAGGAGAUAAUUAUAAUACAAUACAAAAAUACCGACUUAGAAAUAUAUACUUUCUAUAAUGAAAGGGGUUAGUAUAAAUCAACAAAUUGCCCAAAGGAUGGUUUUUGUACAGGAAAAAAAAAAAUAGAACUUUACAUAUUUUGAGGUGCACAGCAAUUUCUUUUUCUUUUUUCUUUUUUUUUUUGAGACGGAGUUUCUCUCUUGUUACCCAGGCUGGAGUGCAAUGGCGCGAUCUCCGCUCACCGCAACCUCUGCCUCCUGGGUUCAGGCAAUUCUCCUGCCUUAGCCUCCUGAGUAGCUGGGAUUACAGGCACACGCCACCAUGCCCAGCUAAUUUUUUGUAUUUUUAGUAGAGACGGGGGUUUCACCAUGUUGACCAGGAUUGUCUCGAUCUCUUGACCUCGUGAUCCACCGCCUUGGCCUCCCAAAGUGCUGGGAUUACAGGCUUGAGCGACUGCGCCCGGCCUAAAAUGGUUUUUCUACUCCAGUCCUCUCAUAACAUGAUUACCAUUAACAUUCUGAUGAUUAAAAUUUUCUUAUAGUUAUUGUAUUUUCUUAUAGUUAUUUUCAUAUUAAUUUCCCUUUGCAAAGGAUCAUUCUAUUCUUUUUUUAAACUCCUGAGUUUUUAAGAUAAACAACAAAUACACAAAUUAUAUUUAAAAUGAUAGAAUACAUUAGGUUUCCUUUUCUCUCCUAUGAGCAAAGUAUUAUAAUAACAGUGACAAUAACAGUAACAACAAUUGCAGCAAGAAAAAAAUGGUUUAGACCCAUAGGAACAAAGAAAUAGGGCAGGAGUUAGAUGCAGACAAGAGAUUUCAACAAAAGUUUGGAAAAGGUAAGACAAGAAAAGUAGUAACUGAUUUGGUAGUAUCGGGAAGGCUAAGUCUAGUAACCAACAGAGAGAAAUACUGAAGAAAAGGCCAGAGAUUUGCUUCCUGAAUCCCUACAAUGAUUGGGAUGCCAGGAUACCAGGUCAGGGGGUUGUGAGGUUCAGGGCUGUUAAUGAAGAUUAAGAGAAAGGAACAGUCCAAUCAUCCAUCCUCUCUUUCUGUUCCCAGAUGCUAACAGUGGCAUAUGAGUCAUAGACAGAAUAUUGGCACCAGCAGGAGGAUCACAAGGUCAGGAGGAUCACUGAGACCAUCCUGGCUAACACAGUGAAACCCUGUCUCUACUAAAAGUACAAAAAAUUAGCUGGGUGUGGUGGUGGGUGCCUGUAGUCCUAGCUACUCAGGAGGCUGAGGCAGGAGAGUUGCUUGAACCUGGAAGGCAGAGGUUAAAGUAAGCUGAGAUGGUGACACUGCACUCCAGCCUGGGCAACAGAGCAAGACUUUGUCAUUAAAAAAAAUAAGAAAAGAAAGAAAGAAACAAUGUUAAAGCCUUUGGAGAUUACAAAUGAAAUGGCUACCUCUCUCCUGGAACCUUGACCAGAAGCCUACCAAGUAGUAAGCUGGCUUAAGAGAUCAAUCUUUUUGCCUUAUGUAAAUUAAAAAUUUGCAUUUUUAAUGUAAAAAGAAAAGGAAAAAAGUAGGCCUUUAAAAAAAGUCGAAAGGAAUCUGGUGGAAUUAUAGGUAAUUCAGUGAAAAAAAAAUUUUUUUAAACUAUAUCUUCUCCUCAAUGAGAUAUAUUUGUAAUCUUUAAAUAAGAAUAUGAUGCACUGAAAAAUAAAGAACAAAUUAUUUUUGGAAAGUAAAUAAAAUAAAAAAAUAGUAAACAAAAUUAAAUUAAUAUGGGAUUGCAAGAAAACAAGUAGUCAAAGAAGUCGUAAAAGUACAGUCUUUAUGGAAGUAGGAUUAAAAAAAGUCAAAGAAGUGGAGAAAAGGAAAGAUAAAAGCAAGGAACAUAAGGUAUCAAGUUGGGGGAAACCAUUUAACUGACAUGUAUUCCGAAAGGACAAGAAAACAGAGAGAUGCAUUAAAAAAUAAAUAAAUUUCUUACAACAGAUAUGCUUAAUUUUUUUGAUGUAAAAAAUUUCCUGAAUGCCCAGGACAAGAUUAAAAAAAAUAUCAAGGCACAUUUUUCUGAAAUUUUACCACCUUAAAGAUUGAAAAUAUUGUAGAAUUAUUAAGAAAAUAAAACUACAUAGAUCACAAAUGAGCAGAAAUUCAAAUGGCAUGAGUAUGCUUUGUAGCAAACUCAUCCCUAGAAUAUAGUGGAAAAGUUCUUCAAACUGAUUUUCAGCCUAGAAUUCUAUAUAGAACAAAUAUAUCAGUUAGGCAGAUAGAAUAAAGCAUUUUUAGCCAUGCAAAAAUUUAUAAAGUUUACUUUACAAGUAUUCUUUUUUUUGAAAGUGUGGGAUAAUGUGUCCCACCAAAACAAGAGGAAGAAAUGAGAUCAAGAAAUUAAUAUAUGCAAUGCAACGUGGCUAAACCCACUUUGUCUAAAAAAAAAUCCUAAUCUCUCUUCUUUUUCCUUUUUCUUUCUUCAUGUGAGUCAGGUAAUGUGCACAUGUCAUAAGAUUUGAGGGAGGUACAUCUCACACAGGAGUGUGAAAUCUCAGUCAUCACUCUUAUGAACCACAAAGGGAUCAAAAGGCACUUUUAAGAUUAUGGCUGUACAGUAGGCAUAGGAGACAACAGAAAUGGUUGAAAGCAGAGGAUGAAAACCCCCAGCUUCAUGAAACAGAAAGGAGAGGGUGGGAAUUUAUAUUAUCUAAUACAUUGGAGCGUCUUAGUUGUAAAGGUAGAGUCAAUAGGAUGAAACAAGUUAAUACACUCAAGGAAGGAUACACUUAUAGAAAAUUAUAUCAUUUAGAGUUCCAACUUCCAUAAAAGUUAAUGACAUACUCAAUAUAGGCUAAUUUGAAAAAGAUUUGUUUAACGAGAUACUGUCUAUGAGUUUAUAGGUAUAAAGUACCUUACAGGCUAGUGCUAUAAUCAGGGGUAAGAGGUGGCAGAAUUGUUUACACCAUUAUGGCUGAAGGGACUGAGAGAGGGAGGAAAUACAGAAGCCCCCACACACAAAAAAGAGAUUUAUGAUAGUCAUUUGAAAGGAGGAUUGACAUUCAGUGGGAGGUCAACCAGCAUGUGGUCACAUGGUCUAGCUUAUUCUCCUUCAUUCCCCUUUUCCAGUUUUAUUGAGGUAUAAUUGACAAAUAAGAAUUGUACAUAUUUAAGUGUGCAACUUGAUAGUUUGAAAUAUGUGUAUACUGUGAAAUGAUUCUCCCAUUUAAAAUAAUUAGCAUAUCAAUUACCUCACAGGGUUACCUUUUUGUGUGUGUGGUGAGAACCCUUAAGAUCUAUCUUAGGACAUUUCAGUUGUCCAAUCCAGUAUUACGUUGUAAUAUAGACACCAUGUUGUGCAUUAACUCUUCAGAACUCAUUCAUUUUGCAUAACUGAAACUUUGUAACCUUUAAUUGAUAUCUCCUCAUUUCUCCCUUUCCUUUCUACCCCUGGCAACCACCAUUCUACUUUCAGUUUUUUAGUUUCCACAUGUGAGUGAGAUCAUGCUUGUCCUUCUGUAUCUUGCUUUUUAAAGUGUGAAUAAUAUUCCAAUUUGCAUGUGUAUAUAUAUAUAUAUAUAUACACACACACACAUAUAUGCUACAAUUUUUCAGGCUUUAUUGAGGUAUGAUUUACAAAUAAAAAUUACAUAUAUUUAGGGUAUUUGCAUAUUUAUGAAAUGAUUACCACAACCAAGCUAAUUAACAUAUUCAUAUAUUACAUGAUUACCAUUUGCAUAUGUGUGUAUGUGCAUUAUGUGUUAAUACUUGAGGUCUACUUUCUUAACAAAUUCGAAGCUACUGUACUUUCACUCUCCAGUACUUACUCAUCUUGCAGCUAAAGGUUUGUGCCCUUUGACCAACAUCUGUCAAAAUACCAACUGGUUGUUGUUUUAUUUCUAUAUCUACAUAAAUUUUUCAGUUUUCUUCCUAUUGGUGAUUUUAUUUUCAUACCACAUUGGUCAGAAAAUAUACUUAAUAUGACUUCGA